GCAGCAGCAGCAGCAGAGGAUCUCCAUCGCCAAGUCGGGGUUGCCAGCACCGUCGGCAUCGACCUCGCCCCGGCCCCGCCGCUCGUCGUCCGGGGGGGCUUCCACGCCCAGCCCUUCCCCGACGCCACCUUCGACUUCGAGUUCUCUAACGUCUUCGACCACGCGCUCUACCCGGACCGCUUUGCCGCUGAGAUCGAGUGGACCCUGCGCCCUGGCGGCGGCGCCGUCCUCCACGUCGCCGUGCACCGCCGCGGGGACAAGUACUCCGCCAACGACCUGCUCGACGUCCAGGGCCUCGUUGGCCUCUUCCGGGGCUACGACGUCGUCAGGAUCCCACAGCUAGCUGACAGAGCCGAGUACUACUGCUGGCUGCUGCUUGCUCAUCAGCUCGCUCUUUGCAUGUGCAUCUACCAGAGCUCAUCACCUCACAUGCUGCUUUAUUUACUAGUGCUUGGAUUUGGUUUAUUUAUUUAUUUGAUUGCCGUGCUUUAAUUUUGGGGUGCUGCUGACGGGGAGGAACCUUCUCUAAAGUAAAAAAAAUGAGCUCAGUUAGUACCUUUCUUGAUUAGCGAAGCAACCAGUGCGCUAAACCUUCUCCUAAGUUCCUAAUCAGUCGAUGCAUGGUCCCACUUGUGGCAAUUGUUUUAAUCCCUGCCAUGAACUACGCUCUUUCCAGAACUACGCUUAAGUAUUACCUGAUGUUUGAUGUAGAAUGGGCAAGAUUGUGUUGCGGUUUGCACUUUGCAGGCAAGAGUCUAGAGUCCACUGGAAAAUGAGCUGCAUUAAAAAAAAUUGCAUCCUUGAUUCGGCUUGUUAUAGCUAACAUAUUGUUGAGAUUAUGCUAUGUUAAUCACAGAAUUUAUUUUCUUGUGAAUCUCUGCUAGAAUCAGAGCAACUUCUUUGUCUCAGACGGCAGCGUUUUCUACUGACUGAAUGGCUGGAAGCCAAAUGGGUGGUCACUGUCAGUUAACUUUUGCCACCAAAUCCAACCAUUUUGAUUGUUCUUUGAUUUUGCUCUUGCCAAAUUGU